UGCAUUGAGGGGGUCUCAUUGCAAAAAUAUAGGAAAAUGAAGUUGCAACAAGUACGGAUGAUUUACAAAGGUUAUUGUAUGUUGGCAUUUAUUUGUCUGAUACAUCCAUCUAUAAGCUCUGUCAUUAAGGACUCUGUAAAAUGUACAGAGGGUUUUGUAGCUGUUGAUGCCGACGAUUGUGCCAGCUAUUUUCAGUGUCUCGAUGAUGAAACUGUGCACUUUAAUUGUCCCAAUGGGAGUUAUUUUGAAAAAAAUAAUGAGAUAUGCGUGGUGGACGAGCUUGGUGUCUGCCCUACAUCUCGAAGAAAAUGUUUCAAUGGAGAUCUUUUUGAGGAUUCUAAGGAUUGUGUGACAUAUUUUAGAUGCCUUCAUGGAAACCUGGUGAGGGAAAGGUGCCCUGAUGGAAGUUUCUUUAAUGGAAUAUCAAAAAGUUGCCGCAUGGAUCAUAGAGGGUCCUGCAAAUCUCAGAGGGAAAUAUGUGUGGAGGGAGAACUACAAGCGGAUUCGGACGAUUGUGCAGGAUAUCUGAAUUGCAUCGGUGGAGUCGUUGUAAAGGAAAAGUGCCCCAGUGGUAGCUACUUUGAACCCAUUUUUAAACUCUGCCAGCUGGAUGAGAAUGGUGUCUGUUCAUCUCCAUCAAGUGAGUGCAAUGAAGGUGAAGUGCAGGUGGACCCCACUAACUGCGCUGGUUAUCUUAACUGUCAGAAUGGAAAACUUGAAACUAAAAGCUGUCCCAGUGGCAGUUACUUUGAACCCACUUAUAAAGUCUGCACCGUUGAUUUAAAUGGAGUGUGUGUUGAGCCUCCAGCUAAAUGCACUGAAGGGCUGCUAAACUUGGAUCCCAAUAACUGUGCAGGAUAUCUAAAGUGCAUAAAUGGAGAAUUCGUGGAGGAGAAGUGUUCUAGUGGAUCCUUCUACGAUCCAAAGUUGGAAACCUGUUUAGUGGACAGUCAGGGUGUUUGUGUCACUAAGAUCAAACAUUGUAUUGAAGGAGUUCGGGAAGAAGAUCCUCAGAACUGUGCUGGAUACACUCAAUGCAUUCAAGGUAAAACCGAAAAUCUCAAAUGUGCUUUUGGAAGUUAUUUCAACGAGACUCAUGGAGAAUGCAUCCUUGAUUUGGUAGGAGUUUGUGUAAAGUCAGAUGACGAAGUUGACAUUGUCGAAGUAGAACCUCCAUAUUCGAAAAGUACUGUUGCUGACCUCGACCGAGAAACUGAAAGUACUACUGAUGAUGAAUCUACGGAAACCACUAUUGCCAAUUUGAUUCGAUAUGCGGAAAGACUUGUAGUUGACUUGAGUUUCGACAUGGAGGAUGUACAACCUCAAUAUACGGAAAGAACCACUGACAUCGAGCAGCAAACUGAUAGUACUACUCCUGAUCAAGGAACGGAAACUACAACUGCCAAUUUUCUUCGAUAUACGGAGAGUACUGCAACUGACUUGCCUGGCUAUACAGAGGGUCCUGAGUAUGCAGAAAGAACUUCAACCGACUUGUCUGGUUAUACAGAGGGUCCUGAACAUGGCGAAAGAACUUCAACCAACUUGCCUGGUUAUACAGAGAGUCCUGAACAUGACGAAAUAACUUAUACAGAGGGUCCUGAAUACGCAAAAACAAAUAUUGCAGAAAUUCAUAUUGCCAAUUUGCUUCAAUAUACGGAAAGUACUACAUCCGAUUGGCCCCUAAUAACGGAGAGUAGUCUUGCUGAUUUGCUUGAAAAUCAAUAUACAGAGAGUACUGUUUCCGAUUGGCAAACUACUGAUUCUGCUUUGCAGUCAUCCACUUUCAAUGAGAUCAGCAGUCCUGCUGAAUUGCUUGAAUAUCAAUAUACAACGAGUACUGUUUCCAGUUGGCAAACUACUAAUUCUGCUUUGCAGACAUCCACUUCCAAUGAGAUCAGCAAUUCAAUAGGAAAUACAAGUACUAUUAUCCCUGAUAGUGCAUUUUGUAUUGAAUAUUCUCUCGAAGAAGAUCCCGAAGAUUGUGCUGGAUACAGACAAUGCAUUCGAGGUGAGAUUAAGAAAGUGAAAUGUGACCAGGGCAAAUACUUUAAUAUUACACAAGGAGAUUGCCUUAUUGACGUGAAUAAAGUAUGUGACCAGUUAAAGAAGGAAGAUCAGGAUCAAUUUGCAAAGAUAAAUGUUACUGAUUCCCCAACUACUAUAUCCGUUCUGGAGACUACCACUCCCUAUGACCCAUUUGCAAAAUGCACAGAAGGAAGGCUUAAAAUGGAUCCCAACAACUGUGCAGGAUACCUUAAUUGCUCAGAUGGAGAACUGAAGGCGGAAAACUGUCCCAGUGGCUUCUACUUCGAUCCCAAAUUGAAAAUAUGUUCGGUGGAUAUUAGGGCUACUUGUAUCACCAACAUUAAGUUUUGCGUCGAAGGAGUUCGUGAAGAGGAUCCCAAUAAUUGCGCUGGAUACAGACAAUGCACUCAAGGUGUGGUCGUAAAUCUUAAAUGUCCCAAAGGAAAAUACUUUAAUGUGGCCGAACGAGGUUGCCUUGCUGAUGAGCAUAAAGUUUGCGUUAAGAAUGGGGAGGACUAUUACCCGGAAGAAGUUCUACUUGACGAUUCUGCUCCGCCGAUGUUCUUACCAGAGCCAACCUGCAGUACCUACAAGAAUGGAGUGUGUGCUGAUCCACUUGAGAAAUGCUUCGAAGGACAGCUGAAACUAGAUCCAAAUAACUGCGCAGGGUAUCUAAUAUGCAAAUAUGGACAACUAGUGCAGAAACUAUGCCCCUAUGGCUCCUACUUCGAUCUCUCAACAAAGUCCUGUUUGGUGGAUAGGAGGGGUAUUUGUGUCACGAAUAUCGAAAUUUGUGAAGAAGGAGCUCGCGAAGAAGACCCCCAGGACUGCGCUGGAUACAGACAAUGCAUUCAAGGAGAUGUCGAAAAUCUUAAAUGUCCCCCUGGUAACUACUUUAAUGUGCCCCAAAGAGAAUGCCUUGUUGAUGUAGAUAAAGUCUGUGAGCAGACAGAAUAGAAAUUUACAAUCUAG